AUGGCUGAAUGGAUGAAGACAAGUCAACUCGCCCGUCUUCUGAAAGAAGAUAAAAAGCUGCUGGAUGAACAAGUCCGUCUGAUGCAGGCUAAGAUUGAAGCACUUAAGCGCACAACGCAGAAACAGGAAGACAAGGAACGCCUUCUGCUGACUAAUAUUGCCACACUAGAAAAGGAGGCCACUGCCAGACAACAAUCUCAAGAGGCUUACAAGAGGAAGGCGGUCGAAUGUCAACAGCAAGCAGAGGAUCUUCGAGUCACAGUUCAGAAGUACGUGGGACAGUUAAAUGAGGCCCAGACAAUUGUGCAGGAGAAGGCUUCUGCCUAUGAACAGGUCUCUUUUCGUCAUCAACGUCUGCAGGAAGAACUAGUGACACUCCGUCGUAAGUACGAACGUCUACGGAAGAUUGAACAGUCGCACAAUGCUGAUGAAGUCCUUUUGGCAGAAAUUCAGGAUUACAAGGUUGUCUAUGCUGACAGUCGUUGUAUCUUCCUUAACAUUAGAAACUUUUCCGUUUAUGAGCAGUUGACUUGUCCGACUUGUAAAACGAAUAAGAAAGAUGCAAUUCUUACUAAAUGCUUUCACGUAUUCUGCCUGAACUGCCUCAAGACCCGUUACGAAACGCGGAAUCGCAAGUGCCCGAAAUGCAAUGCAACGUUUGGGGCGAACGAUUACCAUCGCAUUUAUCUUACAUGA